AAUUUACCCAAAUCUUUGAAAGUGAAAGUAAAAGUUGCACGUCAUGAGCUCUACAACAAUACACUGUACUAUGUAGUUAACGAAAUUGACGACAAAUUUGUCUUGUAGGUUAACUUCAUUGGUGAGAUUUGAUAAAGUUAAUAAGUUCUAUAACUAUGAUUCUUUGAAAUCAAUAUCAGUCCACCGGUGAAUAUUGUUUGCUACUGCAGCUGCAUGCUGAAUUUUACAUGACAAAAUGGAUUCGGGUGACGUGACGCUUAAUUUUGGGGAAGAAGAUGAAAUUGAUAGACAAAGAAAACUGAAACACCCUGUGGCAGUGUUUUGUCAUGUGGCAUUCCGAGCUCUGGCUGUCCUACUCUUUAUUUUAUGUGGAUGGUUCAGUACAAGUUUCAUCACAAACUUCAUACUCAUAGUCAUUCUUCUGUCUAUGGACUUCUGGACAGUUAAAAAUAUUUCAGGUAGAUUAUUAGUCGGACUUCGUUGGUGGAAUUAUGUGGAUGAUGACGGUGUCAGUCACUGGGUUUAUGAGUCCAGACCAAAGAGUCAAAAUAAAGUCAAGGUAUCUGCAACUGAAGCUAGAAUAUUUUGGCUGUCCCUCAUAAUUUGUCAGCUCAUCUGGAUUAUUUUCAUUGUUGGAACCAUAUUUGGAUUCGAUUUAAAGUGGUUUAUGGUAGCAUUAGUGGGAGUUAUAAUGAAUGGUGCCAAUUUGUAUGGUUAUGUCAAAUGUAAAUAUGGAUCCAAGACCAAAUUGACCUCAGUUGCUACAGGAUUUUUAGGCCAACAAAUCUGGUCAAAGAUGACAAGACAACAGGAGAAUCAAUCUGAACAGAAAUAGAGAUGUCUGUGUAUAAAAACCACUUUAUACUCAUCAUGUACUUGUGAAUACAUUAUGUAAAUAAUUAGUCUUUAUAUACUGGCAGGCACUAUGAAGGGGUAAAUAGAGACUAUAUGUGUUAACUCUCCUGAUUUAUGCAGGAGAAUAGUACCUGAAGAUUGAAUGACAUAUAUGAGACAUGCAGAGACAUUUUUCUUAUCAUAUUUACUAUAGGUUUUCAAAACGAAAAUUACAUGUAGAUUAAUUUCUUCCUCAUACUUUAUUUUAGAGGUGAUUUUGAAAAAUGAUUAAACCUAUUUGUAUAAAGGUAA